AUGGCGAUAUUUUCUCAUAUUUCUUUCUUCGUUAUUCUCUUAAUCUUCGUCGGAAACAUCAAUUCCCGAUCAGCCACCGCAAGGAUUCCGAUUACGUCAUAUUCCAGGGAUCAAGUCUCGUGUACUAUGUGUGACGAAUGCGACAACCCUUGUCAACAGGCUCCCUCGCCACCACCACCCUCUCCUCCUUUACCAUCACCACCGCCACCAAUACAAUCACCCUCCACCGACAAUAACUGCCCACCACCACCAUCCUCACCAAGCUCCGGCGGCAAUUCUCCUCCCGCCACACCCUCUGUUCCUACGUUCCCUUAUUACCCCCCUCCAUCACCAACUUCUGGUGGUGGCUAUGGCUACUCAACUCCGCCGCCCCCCAAUCCAAUUCUACCUUAUUUCCCAUUUUACUAUUAUAAUCCACCGCCUCCUCGCCAAAAUUCAGUCUCCGAUCGGUUAAAAACCAACCCAGUUCACACCCUCCUCCCUCUUUCAUUUCUCCUUUUCUUCUUCAGUUAA